CUAGCGGGCGCGGGACGGGCGCGGAGCCCGGCGCGGGCAGCGCCCUCGAACCGGAGCCGGGCGUCUCGGCCGCUCGGGCCGCGGCGGCGGGGACCAUGCCGAGGAAAGUCUCCUGAGCCCGGCAACUUCGGCCCCUCCCCGCCCCCACCCGGCUGCCCUUCGCGCGGCCCUCUCCAUGUGCAGUCGGCCGGCCAGGCUCUCCUGCUCGCGGCGGAUGGGUGACCUUUUCCUGGCACGGGCAGGCUGUGCGAGGCGGCGGAGCCGGCGAUGAAGAAGAAGCAGCAGCAGCAGCAUCCCGGCGGCGGCGCGGAUCCCUGGCCCCAUGGGAACCCUCUGGGGGGCGCCCCUCCAGGCCUGGGCAGCUGGAAGCGCCGGGUCCCCCUGCUGCCUUUCCUGCGCUUCUCCCUCCGGGACUACGGUUUCUGCAUGGCCACCCUGCUGGUCUUCUGCCUGGGCUCGCUCUUCUAUCAGCUCAGCGGGGGACCCCCUCGCUUCCUGCUCGACCUGCGGCAGUAUUUGGGAAACUCCACUUACUUGGAUGACCAUGGACCACCUCCUAGUAAGGUACUACCUUUCCCAAGCCAGGUGGUGUAUAACAGAGUAGGCAAAUGCGGGAGCCGUACUGUGGUCUUGCUUCUGAGAAUCUUGUCAGAGAAGCACGGAUUCAAUUUGGUCACAUCAGACAUUCACAACAAAACCAGGCUUACUAAAAAUGAACAAAUGGAACUGAUUAAAAAUAUAAGUACUGCCGAACAGCCCUAUUUAUUCACCCGACAUGUUCAUUUCCUCAACUUUUCAAGGUUUGGAGGAGACCAGCCUGUCUACAUCAACAUCAUUAGAGACCCCGUCAACCGGUUUUUAUCUAACUAUUUUUUCCGCCGCUUUGGAGACUGGAGAGGGGAACAGAAUCACAUGAUCCGCACCCCCAGCAUGCGGCAGGAGGAGCGCUACCUGGACAUCAAUGAGUGUAUUCUCGAAAACUAUCCCGAGUGCUCCAACCCCAGGUUAUUUUACAUCAUUCCGUAUUUUUGUGGACAGCAUCCCAGAUGCAGGGAGCCUGGUGAGUGGGCCCUUGAAAGAGCAAAGCUGAACGUGAAUGAAAACUUCCUGCUCGUGGGGAUUCUCGAAGAGUUGGAAGAUGUGCUGCUUUUACUGGAAAGAUUUUUACCUCAUUACUUCAAGGGCGUGCUCAGUAUCUACAAAGACCCAGAGCACAGGAAACUUGGAAACAUGACUGUGACGGUGAAGAAGACUGUCCCCUCUCCCGAGGCCGUGCAGAUCCUCUACCAGCGGAUGAGAUACGAGUACGAGUUCUACCACUACGUCAAAGAGCAGUUCCACCUGCUGAAGCGCAAGUUUGGACUUAAGUCUCGCGUCAGCAAGCCCCCGCUGAGGCCGCACUUCUUUAUCCCAACUCCACUGGAAACCGAGGAGCCGAUCGAUGAUGAGGAACAAGAUGAUGAAAAGUGGCUGGAAGAUAUUUAUAAGAGGUGAUGCCAGCACUGUGUGGCCUCCAUGGCUUUAUCUCCCUUUUCCAGAAAGUUCUUUGUUUGGGGAAGAAAACUCCUUAAGGGACUAAAUUAAUGCUUGGGUGCAUUAAAAAGAACAAAACAUUCCCACAUGUUGGGGUCAUUGGGAGAUGCCCGAUUUUGCGGGUUUUAUGUGUUUAAUUUUAUUCUGUGUUUUUUCUUGGCUCCUUGGGUCUUUCCCAGGUACACUAGGUGGCUCCGUCACAAGGCAUCUCGUCAUAAAGCAGCUUCUCCCUCACCCCAUAUGAUGAGAGAAGGGGGGGAAAUGUAGCCCAUAGCCUAAUAACUUAUCCUUUGUCAAAUGACUUACAAAAAUAUUACCUCAGUGGUAGGAGACAUCCACACUUGUAUAUUUCAGUAGAAAUACAAAACCACUUCAGAGACCAGGGAAUCUACUCUAGAAAGAUCUAAGAGAAGAAGGUGAGACAGAUUAGAACAUCCAUGGGAGGAUGUGUCCCUGGUUACAUGGUUUCUACCCAUAUGGAUAGAAUUCUGCCUCUGGUCCACGUCAGGGGACACUUUCACCAAGAGCAGCAUCCUUGUCUCUGAAAGAGCAAGUUGGUUUGUGCCACGUCCCCUACCAAUCCAGAUCCGGAGUACCUUUCAAGGUCAAAGUGCAUGGCAAGCCCCACUGAGACCUUCCGUUUCCAAGCACCAUGUUGACAGAUAUCAAAGCAGCAUAGCAGGGAAAAGGAUUUGUUUUGCUGUGUAAGGAAGAAGGUAGGCAAGACAGAUGAAACCUGAAGGUCACGUGGCAUCAGGAAAAGGGCAUGCUCAUGUCCUUUGCAGCCGGUAUGAAACAUCUUUCUCCCUAGCACUGCUUUAAAUGGAAAUCCCAGGAACCAAUUUAGUCUAGCAUUUGACUCCUGUGGUAGAAGCUAAAAGCCUGACCACAGACUGUGCAUAAUCAAACACAUCCCUGCCCAAGGUGGGUCCCUUAAGACCUGACACUAUGUGUUAUAGUACCUUCUUGUACCCUGGGAAGUGCCUGUUUUCAGUAAAAAAUAAGGGGGGAGGUGGGGUCCUGAAUUCUGUGCAGGUAGCAGAACUAGAGACCCAUUUCUUAUGGAACAUGCUCCUGAGAGUCCUUUCCAGGGACAUCGAAAAACAAGAAGCAAGAGCUAGGCUGGCUAAGAGACUGCUUGCUGGGCUUUGUGAGUAGGGGGCUGCCACAUGUGACCUGAGUAGAUGUUGAGCAGUUCCAUUGCCCUGGGGUAUCUCUUCUCUCCACCUCCCAUCUCCCACCCCCUGCCACCAAUGAUGCCAUGGUCCAGUCAUUAGAAAUCUAUUCCUCUCGAUUCUGAAAUGUUUUCACCUUAAAAAGUCCUGAAAAUGUGCAUUGUCCUGGGUGGAUUAAUAUACAGCUAGCUGGGAAGCCGGGGUGCUAUGGUAUCGGCAGAAAGGAUACUUGCGACAAAUUUUGUCUAGUUGGUAUUUUCCCCUAGAGCCAGUCCUUCAAGAGCACCAGCAAAGUGUGAGUUGGAAAUACUUAAUAGUAAAUAAGACUCUGGCUUUACACAAGCUACACAUUUUUUAUUUUUCAGAAACCAACAAGUCUCUCUAGAAUUUUUUCUUCCUGCACUAAAAUUGGACAUUAGCCAAAAUAUAAAGUGAGUCAUUGAGAACCUGCAGAGUGUGUGCUAAAGCUACUUUAUCACGAGAUGUAUUAAGAAGGCUCCAGCUCACGGGAGUCCAGUGAUGGUGGGGACCCCAAGGCAGAGUCCGCCGCUUGGCCACUAGGGGCCUCCUUUCUGCCUCGGAGGACUAUGGCAGGGAAAUGAUGAAGGGCAAUUUUCUUAGAGGAGGAAAUAUCCUUCGUCUUGUCCAGAGAGACCAGGACCCUCCCAUUAGGCACACUUUAAAAAGCAACCUGGAGAACAGCUAUCAUAUGCAAAACAAGUACCAGAACUGCUGCCUGCUGCAUUGUGAGUCAUUUCUAUGAAAUUACAUAUAGAGAAUGAUGAUUAGUUUACACACUGUGCACGCUCACCAUCUGAAAAUAAAGUUGAGUUGGCUCUGUUUUCUCUGCUGUUGUCAGAACGUCAGGAGAAUUGGUCAUUCAAAAAAUUCAUCCUCUUACUGCAACUUCACAUGGGCCUUUCUAGCCGCGUGUUCAAAGGCAUUUAUUUGCAGCAGUGAUCAUUGUAACCUCCCAACAAAAGAUGCUGACGGACUUACUUGCAGGGCCUUAAUGUUAUUUUGUCCCAACAAACAGCCUCUAGGUCCUGAAAGUCAAGGCACUUCAUCAGUUUAUUUGGCACACAUGACAACGUUUUUUUGGCUCUGGGCCCAACACAGUUUGUACUUCAUGAAAUAUAUUGUACAUUUUACAUAGUUUAAUUUAAAAAAUACCUUUUAAGCUAGUUGAUCUUUGACUGCCUUAUUUAUUAUAACCUUUCAGCACAUUCCAAGAUUUUAGUUACUCAGGAAGGAGUUAAUUAAAAUGAUUUUAUUUUGGUCUGAUGGAUGUUUUUUAAAAGGAAAAUUAUUAUUAUGAACCUUCAGCCUACUUUCCUUGAGUGCCAUAAAAGUGCUUGUAAAUCUUUUUUUUUUUUUAAAGAAGAGAGAAAAAAUAAUGUUUGACCUUGAUGGAAAUUCAAAAAUAUAUAUGGAACUGAAACAUUAGCUUAGCUAAAAUAAAAGCAAUCUGUGUUUGA